UUUCUCUAUGUGUUUCUGAUACGCUUUCUGGGAUCUCUACAACUGCAUCACCCUGCAAAACUUGUCCCUCAUUUACUUGUUAUGAUUUUCUCUCCUCUCAUCCAAUAGAAGAAUUUCAGCAAAAUGCGCAGCUCUAGCUCAUUGAAGCAAGAAUUCCUCAAGAAAUGGAUAAUGGGUCUCCAAAGAUGCACUUCUUCAAAUAAAAACAUGAGCAUCUUGGAGAGAAAGAAGGCUAUAAAGCUGUCAGCAGACCUAGCCAUGGCUGCUGCGAGAAACGGGAGAACUUCUUGGAGCCGAGCCGUCAUUGCCAAUGCUGCAAGAGAGAGUGACAAGAGAUUGCUUGCUGAGAAAAUCUUGCAGGGCCAGGAGUCAGAAAUGUUGCUGAAGAAAGUUUCAAACAUGUCAGCUGUGAUACGCAACAGGAGGAUUAUAAGAAGCAAGAAGAUCCUGAAAAGGAGCCGAAGAAGAACAACUAGCGAGCCUCAAAAGGUUCUUGCCAGCUCCAUUGCAAAAAGAUUAGUUCAAAAAAGAACACAUAUUCUCAAGAGUCUUGUUCCCGGGGGAGAGUUUAUGGAUGAGAUAUCUUUGAUUGAAGAAACCCUUGAUUAUAUUGCAUAUCUCCGAGCUCAGGUUGAUGUAAUGCGAUGUAUUGCAACUUCUCCCCACCUUAUGGCGCUUAAUAGCGAGUAACUUUUUUGUUGUUAUAUAAUUUAAUUAUUUAAUUUUUCUUCUAUUUUUCAUUUUCGCAAAGACUAGAUAUCAUGAAGGAGAAAAGAAGCUGGUAUAGAUAGUAAAAGACAAUGUAUAUACAGAUGAAUUAUCAUAUGUAAGUCAAUCGAUAUA